AUGAUGUUCCAACGCGGCUGGACGUAUCGCGAGAAAUAUUUCAUGAUGCGACUGUACCGCGAUUUGCCGGAAAGGAACUGGGACGCCCGUUCCGCCAAGAUGAACGAAAUCUUUGGGAGCAAGCGCCCGCGCAACUUUUUCACGCCAAAGACGUGUCGACAAAUGUGGCAAGGUAUUAUGGAGUCUGCGGUUCCGGACGGUGGCACACUCGUACUUUUGGGCGUGGGAAGGUCGGACAAGACGCUGUUCGAAGAUUGGUUAUCAUAUCUUGAGGAAAAGACAUUCGAAGAAGAGGAUUGUGACUAUGAGAUCAGCCUUUGUGCGAUGCGCAAGGAGGUCGAGCUGUUUUUGCGAGUGCUGAGAGGCCAAGUGGACGAAGACUUUCUGAAUAGUUGCCUUGAGCAAAUGCAGGCCCGGGAUGAGAUGGUGCAAGACGAAGAACACAAGGCGUACCAAAUGUUGUUGGAAGUUUACCGAGAGAAACUUUUGCAAAUCGUCCGUGAGACGCCAGCACCAGAUUUGGUUCCCGAGGAAUGGACUGCCGGUUAUUUCGUCCCACCGUCUGUGCAGAUCCGGGUCCCGCGAGGCCUCAGCACUUGGAAGCAGAAUCCGCUCGUCAACAACCCCCACUUUCAACGGCUGGCUAAAAAUACUAAAUUUGCGAAUCUGAAAAAGCUCUACGCGCUCAUCUCGGGCGAACCUAUCGAAGAUGAUGAGAAUGAGGGCCAGGAAAUUGAUGGUGAUCAAAACGAGUCGGGGGCUGAAGAGACCGCUGAAGCCGCCGUGGUCAAGGAGGAUAAAAGGGAGCCGGAAGUUACUGAGCCCCAGCCACCGGCAAAAGUUGGAUUGGAUCAGCAGCUGAUGGUCCAAGUCGGUCGACCCGAGCCACCAAAACCACAAGGAGUCGCAGCCGCAAAGGAGUCGGAGCCGUCCAAACCUGUGGUUGAAGCCCCAGUGGCCAAAGAGGAGCCGAAAAUUGCCCCCACCCCUGUACAACCCCGAGAAGAAGCCGCUCCGACGGUGGAGGAGGUUGAAGAAAAACUGGCUCGCUCUCGUGUCAAUACUGGUACUUCCGUGACCAGCGAGCAAAGCGCCCCUGAUGGCGAAGGAAGGAGCAGGCGGUCAUCCCGCGUUGAAGAGAUGGCCAAACCCGAGCCGAGCACCGGCCGCCGUGGAUCACUUCGUCGUCCGACGCUCACCGUUUCUUCUGACGAGCCAAUGGACACCACUGACGCCCAGGAUCGGAAAUCGCGUCGUUCGACACGCCCGUCGUCGGAAAGACUGGCUUCUCAAACCUCGGUCACCGAGCGAUCACCUUCUCUAGCCACAGAAACGCUCGACGUCGCCGCUCAAGAAGAUGCGAAAGAAGAAGUAGAUCUAAACGUGUCCGAGACGGUCACCACGGCCACUCACCGAACUCUUGCCUUAUCUACAGAAAUCUCCAUCUACAUGACCAAACAGCACCCUAUCGCCGCCUCCAGCCGAAAGCCAUCCGUGCGCCGCUCGACACGCGCCCAUCAACCCGUUGGUGGGGCCACCAAGGGCAAAACGGUGUCUUCUGGAUGCCAGACGACGUCCGUUGAAUUUGCGCCCAGUGAUUUGGUGAAAGUCCAUCGCGAUCGAGCCGGCUUCAACCGUCUGAAGCGCCCGUACGUCGUCGUCACGCCGCUGGAGCCGGGUGAGGCCAGCGACGACGAUGCGCCGCUCGCCACCUUUGCCCAACCGCGCCCGAAAACUGGGGAGUCGAAAAAGUCGCGCCGUUCGGGUUCCGAACAGUCCACUGGCCGCAAGAUGAUGGUGGAAUUGACACAGCGACGCGAGAUUGAAGAUACUGAUGACCAAGACAUGAAACCGCCGUCCCGUGAUGAGCAGAUCUCUACUAAGACCAACUUGCUCGCUUGCAUCACCCAAAUCCAAGCCCACCGCUUUGCCGACAUUUUCCGGUACCCGGUGACGGAUCGUGAUGCUGUUGGAUAUUCGAAGGUUGUAAAACGCCCGAUGGACCUUAACACGGUGAAAAACGAUAUCGAAAACGGGAAGAUCACCACCUUCGAGCAAUUGCGUAAUCGCCUCACCAGGACGUUUGCUAAUGCGGUGAUGUUCAACUCGAGCGAGGAGUACGUGAACACCAGCGGCAAGGCGCUGUGGGCUGAGACGACCGAGUUGCUGCGGCGGUUCGUCGACACAUCCGGAAAAACGCGGCACAUCCAUCCGGCCAUCAAACGCGCCCAGCGAACCUCAUUCGGAGCGGAAGAUUUCUCCCGGAACCCUCUCGGCCUCAAACGCGACACCAGCAUCUCCUUUUUCCAGAACAUUCCGAUCCCGAAAUACGACCAGAAGCGCGUCGUGCACGUCGGCAUGGUCGGAGAGGAAGAAUUCCCGAAGUUGUUCCCAGAAUUUUCC